AUGAUUUUGUUACUCAUCCACCUGUUCCAUUAUACCGAAGCCAAGAGGCGUUUACGAUGGGAUUGCUUUGACUGUCAGAUGGGUCCUCAAUAUGCUGAUCAGAUGAAGUGCAACGUGGGAGGCCUUAGGCGCUCCCUUUUAAAUGUGGAGGUCCAAUUGCUGACGGAACUGGACCAAAUCAAGACCUAUGUCAAAAUAUCGACUAGAUUUAAGCCAAGCGUUAUGUAUCGCAAGUUCUUUGACAUUACUUUUAAUGGGUGCAAGGUGAUAUCCGACAUGACUCAAGGAACCAUGGUAUCGAACAUGUUCAAUGCAGUCGUCAAGUCGAGCAAUCAGCCCCGAAAGUGUCCCAUAAAACAGGGCCUAAUCUACUACCAUAACAUAAGUAUCGAAGAUGCCUUACCCAUGUUUCUGCCCUCCGCCCAGCUCUUGGUUCAAGUGGACUUCUACUCUCGCCGGCAAUUGUACUUGAACGUAAGCUUGAGAGGGGAAGUAACUGAAAAAUAA